AUGAACACGAGGAUGUACCUACACGGGGGAUGCGAUGACAAGAAGGCACGCAGAUUCGAGAAGCCUGCACUUGCUGACAUUGUUGCUCAAGUCGUGCAGAGACAGGGUGGAAUUUUUCAGGCCCCAGUGCGGCAACAGUGCCAGGCAGAGCCAAUGUGCUCUGUGUACUCGGCAGUGUCCGGUGAGAAACUUGCGUUUCUUGAUGAGCGUGAGGGUAAAACUGGUAGGCAGAUCAAGCAAGCCUUGUCAGAUCGGAUUGGCAUCUCUAGGUUUCGCCAGAGGAUUUGGCUGCAAGACUGGUCCAGAGAAAUUCGCGAUGAUGAAGUUCUUGGUUCGGAAGCUGUGAGUGUUCACCUGGUGCUGUUGGACUAUUUGCCGGCAGAUCUGGAAGAAGAUCGCAAGAUGAUGGCUGCGUCCGCGAACAACGACGUGCAGGUGAUUGAGCGUUUACUUCAACACCCGCGAAAUCCCAAUGCGACAUCCGAAGAUGAUGGUCGAACUUCGUUGCAUCACGCGGCUGCAAAUGGACAUGUGGGGUCAAUGCGGCUGUUACUAGAAGCAGACACCAUCAAAGAUUCACGAGACACUAAUGCUAAAGGUUGGACACCGUUGCUGAUAGCAGCUUCGAGAGGUCACGUGGACGGCGUCGGUUUGUUGAUAGAUGCUCGAGCUGACAUCAACUUGGCCACGCUUGACAAGGGUUCGACUCCUUUGUUCUACGCAGCUCACGGGGGUCACCUUGAAGUGGUGCAGUUGCUGAUUCAGGCGAGGGCUGACAUCCACAAAGCCACCACACAAUGGAGAAGGCGAUCAGAAUCGCAGGAAUACACGCCGCUCGUCGUUGCGGCUCUCAAAGGCCAUACUGAAGUUGUCCGCUCGCUGCGUGAAGCGGGCGGGAGGCAGUCCCCCGUGAUGCUCGCAGUUUUGGCCAUGUCGAACUUGUCAACUGAUUGA